CUCUUUCAGGCGGCCGGGUAGCGCCAGUCAGCAAUUGGGAGGUCUUCCCGGGCGCUCGGACACUUGCUCGGGCCCUCGCAGAAUGGAGGCCGCCAACGAGAUUAAACUGUUUGGGAAAUGGUCGUUUGCGGAUGUGGAGGUGAACGACAUCUCGCUUGAGGACUACAUUGCCGUCAAGCCCAAGUAUGCGCGGUUCACGACCCACAGCGCGGGCCGCUUCCAGAAGCGCCGCUUCCGCAAGGCGCAGUGCCCCAUCGUGGAGAGGCUGACCAACAGCCUCAUGAUGCACGGCCGCAACAACGGCAAGAAGCUGAUGGCCUCCUCCAUCGUCAAGCACGCCUUUGACAUUGUCAACCUGCUGACCGACCAGAACCCCGUGCAGGUGCUGGUGGACGCCAUCAUCAACGGCGGCCCCCGCGAGGAUGCCACCCGCAUUGGCAGCGCCGGCGUGGUGCGCCGCCAGGCAGUGGAUGUGUCGCCGCUGCGCCGCGUCAACCAGGCCAUCUGGCUCAUCACCACCGGCGCCCGCGAGAGCGCCUUCCGCAACAUCAAGACCAUUGCGGAGUGCUUGGCGGACGAGCUGAUCAACGCGGCCAAGGGCAGCUCCAACAGCUACGCCAUCAAGAAGAAGGACGAGAUUGAGCGUGUGGCCAAGGCCAACCGCUAAGCGGGCAACACCCGUGGCGCUGCUGCUUGGCAGUCGUGCAUUGGCAGCGGCAUGUCGGAUGCGGAGCUGCCAGUAUGUGUGCAUGGCGC